AAUAUGUCAUUCAGUCAGUCAAAUUAUAUUAUUUUUAAUUCCCCAUAAUAUUCAAAAUAGCAUUUAAAAUAAAUUAAAAUAAAAUACUUUAAUAUAUAUUUAAUUAAAUAUAUUUUAUCAAAUCAUAUAAUUAUCUGUCCUAUAGAAGUUCACAAUGAUUCAAAUUAAGGACACGGUUGAUUCAAGACGAUUUGAAAUAAAUUCCAAUUCUAUACAUUUUGGGCCGUGGCAUAUUUCGUAUAAUAUCAGCUGUAUACUACCGAGUGUGUGUUCGACCAAAGUUGUAUGUGAGAGAGACGACGAUCAAUUUUGUCAGUUCUGCAUAUAUUGCAAAGAACUGACAAUACCACAUUUUCCUGAUAUGGUAUUUCCUAAGAAUAUACUUACAUUGACACAUAAAAGUGGUGCCAGUAUAAAUUUUAAUCCUUUGGAUGCACUAAAGCGUGUAGCAAAUACAGUGGAAGCUAUAGAAGUUGCAUGUGCCGAGGCAUGGCAGGAGUCUAGACCAGAUGCGGGAAAGAAAAAAAGAACAUUUGAUUGGACUUUCGCAACUGAUUAUAAAGGAACAUUCACAGAUAAUAUUGUCAUUCAAGCUACAGAUGAAACUAUAAACUAUGAUAUAUUAAAACAAAAGGAGCAAAUUUUGUUCUACCAUGAUCUCACACUGUUUGAAGAUGAAUUGCAUGAUCAUGGAGUUUCCAAGCUUAGCGUCAAGAUUAGAGUAAUGCCCUCAUGUUGGUAUUUGCUGUUAAGAUAUUUUUUGAGAGUGGAUGAUGUGUUGGUGCGAUCAAAUGAAACUAGAAUGUUUCAUAUGCUCAACUCAGACUAUGUAUUGCGAGAAUACACAGUAAAAGAAUCAUUAGCAAAAGACUUGAAUAUACCUACAGCUCAAAUGAAGGAAGCCGAUGACGUUAUUCCAUUCCUACCUGUGAAAGAGAAAGUUACAGAGAAGUUGAUAGUAAAUUUUUAAAGAAAUUAUAAAAUAAGAUUUAAUGAUCUCUACAGUUAUGAAGUAUUGUGUAAAAUAAGUAAUAAUAAUAAAAUUAAUCUUUUAUAUAAAAUUGUGGUCUUAAAUUAUUGCCUGCAAGUAAAGGUACAUCAACCAUUAUUGCAUUUA